UGUUGGUGGUUGGUGUGGGACCGCUUUCAGGGGAACUUGCUGUCGUUCCCCACCCUGUUCAGGAUAGCCCAGAGAGAAGUCCUUAGUGUUGUCAUGCAGGAGUGGACAGAGAAGUAAACAGUCACUCAUGGCUCCUCGGUACGCUCCUAGUCUUUGGUCACGGCUGCCUCCUUUGGCCAUAAUACUGCAAAUCAUCUUUAUUGUACUUUUUGCCUUUUUUGUGGAAAUUGAAGAUCUUGCAAAGACGGAUGUAGAAGAGUUUCUUAAUUCAUAUGCAGUCUUUCAGGAUGUCCAUGUGAUUGUGUUCCUGGGUUUUGGCUUCUUGGCCACGUUUCUGGUCCGCUAUGGCUUCAGCAGUGUGGGCUUCAGCUUGCUCGUAGCUGCCAUGGCUGUGCAGUGGGCCACUCUACUGAACGGCUUCCUACUGACUUCCCACUCCAGCUCGACGAUCCGCAUCAAGAUGGAAAGCCUGGUUGAUGCUGAGCUCUGUGCGUGCUCAGCCCUCGUGGCCAUGGGCGCUGUCCACGGAAAGACCAAUCCUGUCCAGCUUCUGCUGAUGUCUCUGAUGGAGGUCACUGGGUUUGUGAUAAACCAGUGGCUCAUACGCAGAUUCUUUAACACACCGUCCAGCACCAUGUCUCGUGCCAUGUCACUUCACGUCUUCGGAGCUCUCUUUGGUGUGUUGACGUCAUGGGUGCUUUACCGUCCAGAGAAUGAGCCGAAGCACGAGAAAGAGAAGUUUGACAGUAAAUCUGGCUUGUUUGCCAUGUUAGGGACUUUGUUCCUGUGGAUGUUCUGGCCUAGUUUUAACUGCGCACUGGUUACAAACGAAAUCGCAGCAUAUGGCACAUAUCUGUCCUUGGCAGUCAGCGCUGUCACGGCGAUGGCCAUCUCUAUGCUGUCCAGCCCCAAAGGCAAAAUCAACUUGGUGCAUGUUCAGGGCUCCAUCCUGGCUGGUGCUGUCGCCAUUGGGGCUGCCAUGACUACAGUUCCAUGGAUGGACAUGACGAUUGGCUUUUGUGCUUCUCUCUUGUCAGUGCUGGGAUUUCGGUAUUUGAAGGGCCAUGUCCAGUUUGCUUUCGAGUGCCAUGACACCCGCGGUGUCCUGAAUGUACACGCCAUUCCAGGAAUUCUGGGAUGGUUUGCCUAUGUUGUCAUAUGGCUACCCAGAUCUAAUGACACCACACUUGCUGUCAGGUUUGCAGUGCAUAACAUCUGUAUAUUGGUCAUGACAGUCAGCAUGAGCCUGACUUUGGGCAUCAUCACAGGAAUUCUCCUCAAAUGGAGCCUUUGGAGACCUCAGCAGGACAGGAAGUGCUUUGAUGACCAGACGUUCUGGGAGUUUCCACAUUUAAUCGUGCACAAGUGAGAGGAACAAAAAAACGGACAAUUCAAGGAAAAUGUGGAUUUAAUAAUGACAUAUGUUUGAGUUUUCUGUAUAGUGUUAUGCAAAAGUUUGGACACUCCUGGUCAAAUUACACAUUCUGUAGAUUGUCUGAUGAAAGUAAGUGAACACAUCCUCCACACAGAACACACUUCUGCACAUAUUUUGCAUUUUAGUUUUUUCUAGUAUGUUAAACUCAGCAAACAAAAAGAAAUUGUGCACUUAAAUGUGCAGAAAGGUUGAUUCUCUGUAGAGGAUUUCACAAAGAAAAUCAACACUGCGUGACAUUUGACAUGGGGCGUUCAAACCUUUGCAUACAAUUGUAUGCUGUCUUUGUGUGUGUGUGUGUGUGUGUGCGUGUGCGUGUGUGUGUAUGUGUGUGUAGGUUUGUCUGAGUAAACAUUUAACCAGCAAUUCACUCACACAACAAACAAAAACCUUCCUGAAAUGAAGCAUGAUUGGAUUACUUAAAUGCUGCCAGUGUACAUAGAAAGGCUCUUGUUCUUACUGGAUUGUGGCAGUUUGUGAGCAGGAUUAUGCUUCUUUCCAGGGCACCUUACUUUGCCUUGCAUAUGAAGUGGAGAGAGAUGUUUCUGCUACACUGGCAUCUCAAAGUUUGGAAUCAUUUCUCAUAUUAAUGUUAUUUUAUUCAAUAAUUUAUUUAAUAAUACUCUACACAGUGUAGACAGACAGCAGAAGGCAUUGCAAAAUGUUUUGGGGAAUAGCAAAAAGUUACUAAAUCAUAAAUAAUACACUGUAAUUAUUAAUUUAUUGUCAUUUCUCGACAGGUUAUCUGCCUUGAGGUUUGAUCACUAUGUUUGAAAUUCAAGGCACUCUGAAUAUAACUUUCAGUAUAACUUCAUUCUCAAAGUUAUACAACUCUCUCAGUUACUAUGGAAUCAUCUACAUCUCCGCUUAUCAUUCUGAACACAUCUAACACUCCCCUCUUUUUUCCAGCUUCCUUCUAAUAAGCUGAAAUCCAUUAAGCUGUAGAAUAGUAUAACAUUGUAGAAUCAUUUCAUACAUUUAUCCACAGCAUUUUGUUUACUGUUUGAAAACAAAAGAUCCCAAACUUUUGAACUGAUUCCAAACAUUUGGACGCUAGCGUAUAUUUAUUCUGUGCUGUAGUAAUCAAACUUGGUCAAUUUCUGAUUCAUUAAAGGAAUACUUUCAACCUAAUCUCCCUUUCUUGACCCUUCUGUAACAUACAACCGAUAAUUGAGUAAAUAAACAGAAAAACUGUUGAUUUAAAAUGUUUAUAA